AUGGCUGUCCCAAACAGAGGGCCUGAGCUGCUCGCAGUCAACAUCGCCUUCACCACCACUGCGAUCCUGGCUUGUGCAUUGAGGAUAUUUGUUCGUGUCAAAAUGGUCAAGGCAUUUGGCCGAGAUGACUGGUUAAUGGUCUUCGCAACACUCUUCUUCAUCUCUUACUCAACUUCGUCUUGCAUCGGUAUACACUAUGGAACCGGACGCCACCACCACGAUCUGUCUACCGACGGCAUACAGAAGGCAAGGCAUGCCUGGUAUUUUUGCUAUCUGUUCUACUCCGUAGCCAUGAUAUGCGCGAAGAUUUCUAUCGGGUUCCUUCUCCUACGGAUUAGUAUUCGUAAAAUCCAUACAUGGAUCAUCUGGAGUGCAAUGUGUGUCUCGGUCAUCGCUGGAGGCGCCUUUUUCUUCGUUUGUCUGUUCCAGUGCUACCCGGUUUCUUACAUGUGGGAUCGCACUUCGCAACAAGGAAAGUGCGUUGACAACACUGUCAUCUCCGCGCUUGGCUAUGUCUACAGUGUGUUCAGCAUCAUCACCGACUUCACCUUCGCGAUUAUUCCUGGCUUCUUGGUAUGGCAUUUGCAGUUGAAGAGGAGGACUAAGGUCGCUUUGAUUCCUUUGAUCACCAUGGGCUGCAUUGCGAGUGCGGCGGUCAUCGCGCGAUUGCCAUUCAUCCACUACUUCAACGCACCUGACUUCCUGUGGUCGACGACUGAUAUCGCUAUCUGGUCAUCGGUUGAACAAGGCCUUGCUAUCACAGCUGGUAGCCUUGCGACUCUCCGCCCACUCUUCUUCAUUGCCAUGCACAAACUUGGACUCUCUACGCGCCCAUCUGGCGCAUAUCGACCUUCCGCAUACGGCAUGUCUGCCCCUUUACCCGGUAACGCCGCCCCCGCUUCCAAAGCCGACAAACUCCGGCCCGACAUGUACAAACUCUCAGCCACUGUGCAAACACGCACUUCCGACGACGAAAUAACGCGAGAUGCAUCCUUCCCGAAAUCGCCUAACUGGUUCGGUGGCACCGGCGCUCCUCCCAAUUCAAAGAAGAGCACGCGCGUCGACAAUUCAGACAACGAUAGUCAAAGGAGUUUGAGGAUCAAGAGCUCAAGGAGCAGUGAGGAGGAUAAUUUCCAGAACGGCAUCUUGGUGUCAAAGUCAUUCUACAUUACGGAUGAAGAGAGGGGAUCGGUUCUGUCUGCACCAUACAGAUGA